AUGCCACCGCCACCUAAAUUCACACCACGUCUGCGAAAACAAAGGCACCGGCAAAACCCAGCCGGGGAGUCUGCCGAUACCAAUGUCGCCCAGCUCCAACCCGUUUCCAAGGAUGAGAAGGAAGCACGCAGACAAAAGUUGCAGUCCGAGCUACGAGAGCAACACACUAAUGUCUCCUCGAAAAAGCAAAAGCGCUUGGACAAGUACAUUGAAAACAAACUCAGGAAAGAAGAGAACAUCGAACUACUGAAGAAGCUGGCCCAGUCCUCAGUAGACACUUCUGGUCUCCAAAGCUCCAGAGAUCUUUUCAAGCGCAAGAGACAGGAAGACGUCCCUGCAACGGCAGCCGAUGCCGCGACGAAACUCAAUGCUCCCGCAGAUGUCUCCGGAUAUGACAGUGACGACUCGGAUAUUCACCUUAAAGUGUCUGACCCCGCAACGGAUCCGGAGGUGGAACAAAAAUUACAGGUAGACACAGCUACGGGAAGUGGAUUGAAGCGACCACUCGAGCUCGGGCCCGAUGGUUUCCCAGUGAUGAAGAAGCGCAAGCGCGCACCGAAGAAGAAGAAGACUGCGCCGGCUCCUGUCAAGGCAGCAGAAGUUGCAUGGGAUGGUUUUGACUCGGAUGAGGAGGAAGAUGAAGAUGAAGAUGACGAAGAGGGUGAUGAGUCUGCCAAGUCCGAAAGCGAAAUCGAAGAGGGCUCUGAAGACGAAGAUUCUGAAGGUACUUCUUCUGAGGGUUCUUCUGGAGAUGAGGAUGAGGAUGAGGAUGAGGAUGAGGAUGAAAGCUCGGAAGAGUCAGAGGACGAGGAGUCAGAUGAAGAUACACCCGUGCUCAAACCUCGCCAGUCUGCCUUUAAGUCCUGGGCGGUGCAACAAAUCAACGAAGCUGCAGGCUUCCAGUCCACUGCAGGUGCGGCUGUGACAGAGGAAGAGCAAGUGUUCGACCCUUCCAAGCUACCAGCUCGCCACAAUACCACUGAAGAAGAGCCCCUCCCUCGAGAACUGCAGGUGACUCAUGGCGACCCCAAUCGCAAGGCAUUCAGUGUCGCUGUCAACCGCUCGGAGGAAAUUCAGGCUGCCCGUAUUGGCCUCCCCGUUGUCGGCGAAGAACAAAAGAUUAUGGAAGCUAUUUAUAACAACUCAGUUGUCGUCAUCUGGGGUGCUACUGGUUCCGGAAAGACAACCCAGCUUCCUCAGUUCCUCUUCGAAUCCGGGUUCGGCUCUCCGGGCAGUCCAAACCCGGGCCUCAUUGGCGUCACUCAGCCUCGUCGAGUUGCUGCCGUCAGUAUGGCGAACCGUGUUUCGCAGGAACUGGGUCAACACGCUGAGAAAGUAUCUUACCAGAUUCGAUUCGAGUCCACAGCGACAAAGAAGACGGCCAUCAAAUUCAUGACCGAUGGUAUUCUUCUGCGCGAGAUUGCCGAUGACUUUGCUCUCCGCAAGUACUCUAUCAUCCUUAUCGAUGAGGCUCACGAGCGUAGUGUCAACACUGAUAUCCUGAUUGGAAUGGUCAGCCGCAUUGUGGGACUGCGCAAGUCUUUGAGCGAGGAGGACUCCUCUAUCAAACCUUUGAAGGUCGUCAUUAUGUCCGCCACUCUGCGCAUCUCAGACUUCACUGAAAACCCCAGUCUUUUCCGCAAUGGUGCACCCCCAUUGGUUCAAGCCGAGGGUCGUCAAUACCCUGUGUCAAUUCAUUUCUCCCGGCGCACACAGCGUGAUUACGUCGAAGAUGCGUUCCGCAAGGUCUCACGUGGACACCGCAAACUUCCUCCCGGUGGAAUGCUCGUGUUUUUGACUGGACAGAACGAGAUUCGGCAGCUGUCCAAGCGCUUGAAGGGGGCGUUUAAACCAACUCAACGCGAGGAUACCACACAGGCCAAGGUGCAGCUUUCUGCUAACGAGGCGCCUCUGGAAGCAGAGGAUCUGGAGCUUGGUGGUACUGAGAUGGACAACGCGGGUGAAGAUGACUAUGACAGUGAUAUGGAGAUCACGGGACUGGAUGAUGCAGAGGAAGAUGAAGGCUUUGACCUGGGCGAAGAAGCCAUGGACUCGUCAACUCGCGUUCACGUUCUACCUCUGUACUCCCAACUCCCCACGAAAGAGCAGAUGAAGGUGUUCGAAGCGCCUCCAGAGAACUCUCGGCUCAUCAUUCUGGCAACCAACGUCGCCGAGACAUCUCUUACAAUUCCCGGCAUCAAGUAUGUCUUCGACUGCGGCAGAGCCAAGGAGAAGCAAUUCGAUCUGUACACGGGCGUCCAGAGCUUCCAGGUCGGCUGGAUCAGCAAAGCAAGCGCAAACCAGCGAGCUGGUCGUGCCGGCCGAACAGGCCCCGGCCACUGCUACCGGAUGUACUCCUCUGCGGUCUACGAAGGUGAAUUCGCCGAAUACACAGACCCCGAGAUCCUGCGCACGCCCAUCGAGGGCGUCGUCCUCCAAAUGAAGAGCAUGGGUCUGCACAACGUCAUCAACUUCCCAUUCCCAACACCACCAAGCCGCCAAGGUCUCGCAAAGGCAGAGAAACUGCUUAAGAACCUCGGCGCCCUCACUGCAGACGGUCAAAUCACACCAAUUGGCCGCCGUCUAUCUACAUAUCCCCUCUCCCCUCGAUUCAGCAAAAUGCUACAUAUCGGCCAUCAACACGGCUGCAUGCCGUACGUGAUCGCCCUCGUCGCCGCGCUAGCUGUCGGCGACCUCUUCAUCCCAGAGAACCAACUAGACCCACCAGCGGCCCAAAAGAAGAAGGAUGACUCCGACAGCGACAGCGACACAGACAAGCGCAAAGUCUGGACCAACACAGACAGACUGGAAGAAACAGCGCGCGAGCAAAAAGCCAAAGCCCACGCUCGUGCCCACCGCCUCUUCUCCAAACACGACGACACCUCCGACGCCCUGAAAUCCCUCUCCGCAAUCUGCGCCUACGCCUACGCAGCAGACGGCGACGCUUUCAGCGACCAGAUGUUCCUCCGCGCUAAGGCCUUCAAAGAAGCAACCCAGCUGCGCAGACAACUAACAGACAUCGUGCGCUCCAACAACCCAGGCCUAAUCCCCACCUACUCAGCGCGUCUGCCAGAGCCCUCGCCCAAACAAAUUAAAGCCCUCAAGCAAAUCGUCACAGCAGGCUUCAUCGAUCAAGUCGCCAUCCGCGCAGACCUGGCCCCCGUUCCGCCGGAGAUCCCGCGCGCUCCCCGCCGCGCAAUCGACGUCCCCUACCUGACACUCUUCCGCUCUCGCGAUGGAAAGACCACCGAGCUCGUCGAGAGAGCCGUCUACGUCCAUCCCUCCUCGCUGCUGGCAAAGCUCACUCCAAAGGAAAUGCCCCAGUACAUCACCUACUCGCAUCUCCAGCAGUCCUCUGCUUCGCUGGUCUCAGACCAAGUCCCCAAGAUCCGAAUGUUCCCGCUUGUCGUCCCGAGCGGGCUGCAGCUCUCUGCUAUCGCGCACGACACGCCGCUCAUCGAGUACGGCAAGCCUAUUGGCAAAGCGGAUGCGAUGGAGGGUGUGCCGCCGCGGCGCUCGUGCUGGGUUAUCCCAUCGCUUGUUGGAGACGCGGGGAGUGCGGGGUGGCCGAUGCCCGCGAAGAAGGUCGUGCAGAAGAAGGACCCGAAGGAGGGCUGGGUGAUUGAGAAGUUCGUCGCCUAG